CGUAACCUGUAUAUUGUAACUUUUUUGGAAAUUGUUACAUUUUUGCAAACUAUUGAUGAGCUCCAAAAAACUAGAGAAUCAUAUUCUAAUGAUGAUAAAAUGACUACUGUAAUUCGCACUACUUACGACAUCAAUGAAAUCUUUGAGAAUCUCCUUCUCGCUGAAGAAAUAGCGGAACAGUCAGGAUAUGAGGAAGGUUACAAUGCUGGGAAGAAUCAGUCAUUGAAAGGCUACCACUUGGGUUAUCACAGAGGGUCCGAACUGGCUGCUAAACUUGGAUAUUACAGUGGUAUUGCCGAACAUUGUCUUAAAUCCAGUAUCCAUCUUCCAAAAGUUAUUGAACAAGCAAAAAAAUUAUUGGAAGCCAUUCAGCAGUUCCCGACCUCCAACGAUGAGACCGUGGACAUCAUAAAAAAUUCUGAAGAAAUUAAGUUUAAGUUCAUCAAGUUAUGUUCUCUGGCUAAAAUUGAUUCUACGUAUUCAGAAGCCGACAAGCUUGAUUUUUAAUGACUCUAAGCUU